CAUGUUGGGCCCUCAGUUGCUUCCUGCCACCGCCGCACCUCCUUCUUAAAAUCUACACCUUAAAUUUUUUGGGACCAAAAGCCAAAGCUCCUUAAACUGCUGCUGUGCUUUUGAUUUAUUUAUUCCACACUAUUUCAUUUUUUAUUUUUAUUUUUCGCGGCUUUUGAUUGUUCCUCGCCGUCUACCGGUCGGCCAAUCAUGGCGCAGUCCGGCUCGGUGGCGUCAACGGCGGCGGCGGCCGACCUGCUGAUCGACGGCAACAAAGAGGGAGCGUCUCUCCCGGCAAAGAGCGUCGCCAAGCAACUGAUCGUAACCACGGCGACGGAGGGUUCGGAAGUCAAAGCCGAGAUGCGGAGCAGCAGCAGCAGCAACGGCGCCGACGACAGCCCUCGUCCCUCCAAAGUCCCAAAAGACGAGGAAGGCGAGGAGGAGGAGGAGGUCACGCCCACGCCGCCGGAUUCGUCCUCGCUGUCGUCCGAGAACGGGGCGAUGACCGGCGCCGUCACGGAGGAGGAGUCUCUCUCGGCUCGACUCAGACACGGCAAGGAGACGGGUCUGGACACGGAGGAGAGCGUCUCCGUGGCGACGGCAGGCGUCUCCGUGGCGACGGCAGGCGGCUCCGACGAGCAGCGGGAGUCCACAGACUCGGCGUCCUUCUCCCUCCCGAGCCUGGAGCUGUCGGACGCUGUGGCGGCGGCGAUCGCGGGAAGCUCCGUGGACUCGUCCUACUCCGCUCUGGGGGCGGACGGCCUGUCCCCGUCCACGGAGGCGCCCGGUCUGAAGGAGGACGACGUGCUGGAGGCUGCCGGGGGCGCUGUAGCUGUCGCUGCUGCGGCGGAGGCCGGGCCGUCCAUGCCGGCGUAUUACCUGGUGAAGUGGAUCACCUGGAAGGAGAAGAAGACUCCCAUCAUCACGCAGAGCGAGAACGGGCCGUGCCCCCUGCUGGCCAUCAUGAACACGCUGUUCCUCCGCUGGAAGGCUAAACUUCCUGCUCAGACUGAAGUCGUCACAACUGAGGACCUGAUGGCUCACCUAGGAGAGUGUGUGUUGUCUGUUACACCAAGAGAGAAGGCCAACGGGAUGGAGCUCAACUUCCAGCAGAACAUGAGUGAUGCCAUGGCCGUGCUCCCUAAGCUGUCCACAGGUCUGGACGUUAACGUUCGUUUCACCGGAGUGACGGACUUUGAGUACACGCCGGAGUGCAUCGCGUUCGACCUGCUGGACAUCCCGCUGUACCACGGCUGGCUGGUCGACCCACAGAGUCCAGAGGUGGUGGCUUCUGUGGGGAAACUGAGCUACAACCAGCUGGUGGAGAAAAUCAUCGACUACAAACACUCACCGGACAGCAGCCGAGUCAGUGAAGGUCUGGUGGCGGAGCAGUUCCUGGAGUCCACAGCGACCCAGCUGUCCUAUCACGGUCUGUGUGAGCUCAACACGACGGCCAAGGAGGGAGAAAUCUCAGUGUUCUUCAGAAACAACCACUUCAGUACCAUGAUCAAACACAAGGGCCACCUGUACCUGUUGGUGACGGACCAGGGCUUCCUGCAGGAGGACGGUUUGGUGUGGGAGUCUCUUCAUAACGUCGAGGGAGACGGAAACUUCUGCGACUCGGACUUCCGGCUGUGUCACCCUCCGCAGAGAGCUCCGCCCCCCGCCAGCCUGCCGCCCAGCGCCCAGGAGCAGCAGAGACAGAUCGACCAGGACUACCUGGUGGCGGUCUCCCUGCAGCAGCAGCAGGGCGGGGCCCCGGGGCCCCUCAGUGACCUGGAGUUGGCCCGACAGCUCCAACAGGAAGAAUACCAGCAACAGCAGCAGCAACUACAGCAACAACAGCAGCAACAGCAACCGCAGCAACAGCAGGGAUCACCUCCUGCAGCAAUGCAGGUCAGAGGUCAGGGGUCACAGCAGGGCGGAGCGAGGAGAAGAGAGAAGGACUCGGACUGUGUCGUCCUAUAGACUCCUUUAUUAUCAUCGUAAUCUGUCGAGACACACACACACACACACA